AUCAAGAAAGAUUUAUAUAAACUCACAAAGGGACGAAGAAUAUAUGUGAUUGGUCGAUUGGUCGAUUGGGUACCUGUUUAACAGUUCAAUCCCAGUGGAUAGGGUUUGAUGUUACGCCUUACGCGUAUAGAAAUUGAUUCAUCUCCAUCUUAGGGUUGCAGUACAGCGUAGAGGCGGUGGAGAAGCCGGUAAAUCAGGGGACGAUUGCCUCACGUAAUAACGGCUUCAAAAGUCAACCAACCGCAGAUGGAUGGGGAAAAUAAGAAUGGAUCAGGGAACGAGACACAAGACAUGGAUCAAGAUGUGCGGCACCUUGAAUCCAGGGUAGAUAAUUUUUCUUUGAAUACGUUGGCCAACGAUAUAAAUAAAAUUCUGAGGUGUACUGUGUCCUUACUGGACAAGUUUGAAGAUCUGGGCACUCGCUUACAACGUAUCGAGGCGGAGUUGAAAAAAUAUCAACCAAAGCCAAAGCCUGAGAUUCCUACAGAGGAGAAGCCACCUCCUUACAACCCAAACAUAUGUCUACCAACAUUCCCUGACAAGUUUAAUCUUGAUGUCUUUUGCAACUGGGUUAAGGAGGUAGAAUUUUAUUUUGAGUAUUAUCGUGUCCCAAAGCAUGAAAAAAUAGACCUUGUAGCCAACACAUUGCCACUUGAAGGAGAGGCUUUCAAAUGGUGGCAAGAUAUCCAAAAGCUAAACAAGAAAGUCUAUAAAAAUGGUCCCUUUGGGUGGACAGAGAUGAAGAUGUUGUUUCUGGAUAAAUUCCUUUCUCCAUAG